AUGAAUCUAAAAUUUUCCAUAGAACCAAUUACCAGCAUUGACGUUGAAACCAACAAACAUGAUGUACUGUCAACCACCUGCAACACUCACAGCAGCAUGGUCACACCGCAGGCCACGCCUUCCACAAAGGCUAGCAGCAUGGUCACACCGCAGACCACGCCUUCCACAAAGGCUAGCAGCAUGGUCACACCGCAGACCACGCCUUCCACAAAGGCUAGCAGCAUGGUCACACCGCAGACCAUGCCUUCCACAAAGGCUAGCAGCAUGGUCACAACGCAGACCACGCCUUUCACAAAGGCUGCAAGCAUGGUCACACCGCAGGCCACGCCUUCCACAAAGACUAGCAGCAUGGUCACACCGCAGGUUACACCCUCCUUCAAUGCCAGCAGAAUAGUCAAACCACAGGCCACGCCCUCCACCAACUCGUACUGCGGAUUUCGACGGGGAUUCCUUCUAGAAACUUUUGAGGCAAACAAGAAAACAAUAUCCAGCAACACGAAAACAAUAUCCAGCAACACGAAAACAAUAUCCAGCAACACGAAAUCCAGCAACACGAAAACCAUAUCCAGCAACACGAAAACAAUAUCCAGCAACACGAAAACAAUAUCCAGCAACACGAAAACCAUAUCCAGCAACACGAAAACAAUAUCCAGUAACAAGAAAACCAUAUCCAGCAAUAAGAAAACCAUAUCCAGCAACACGAAAACCAUAUCCAGCAACACGAAAACAAUAUCCAGCAACACGAAAACCAUAUCCAGCAACACGAAAACCAUAUCCAGCAACAAGAAAACCAUAUCCAGCAACAAGAAAACAAUAUCCAGCAACACGAAAACAAUAUCCAGUAACACGAAAGCAAUAUCCAGCAACAAGAAAACCAUAUCCAGCAACACGAAAACAAUAUCCAGCAACAAGAAAACCAUAUCCAGCAACAAGAAAACAAUAUCCAGCAACACGAAAACAAUAUCCAGUAACACGAAAGCAAUAUCCAGCAACAAGAAAACCAUAUCCAGCAACACGAAAACAAUAUCCAGUAACAAGAAAACAAUAUCCAGCAACAAGAAAACAAUAUCCAGCAACAAGAAAACAAUAUCCAGCAACAAGAAAACGAUAUCCAGCAACAAGAAUAUCCAGCAACAAGAAAACAAUAUACAGCAACAAGAAUAUCCAGCAACAAGGAAAUCUUGGAACAACACUACAAAGUCAUUGUAA